GAUGUGAGCCACUCCUCCUCAGAUUUAGUCCUGCUGCAGCAGUGCAGUUGUGUCUAGCAAACCAAUCACAGUAAGUUGUGUGGACCAGCACACACAUGCGUGCACGCACUCACACUCACCUAUGCAUGGCUGCACUUAUGGAGUAUUAUCUCAUCAUACUACUUUCCAUCUGGUUCCUGCUCCCAGGGAGCAGAAACUGCUUCAGUAUUGACACAAAGAAAGCCCAGAUCAUCCAAGGACCAAAAGAAACACAGUUUGGCUACACAGUGCAGCAACACGAGGCACUUGGUCAGAAAUGGCUCCUUGUGGGAGCUCCAUUUGAGAAGAAUGGUGAAAAGGAGACCGGUGAUGUGUAUAAAUGCCCGCUGGAUAGCUCGACUAAGACAAACUGUUCACGCCUCAACUUGGGAGGGACAACCCUAAAAAAUGUAUUUGAACACAAGGACAAAAUGAGACUAGGGAUGUCCCUAACCUCCAACUUAAAGGAUAACAGUUUUGUGGCUUGCGGGCCAUUAUGGUCGUACGAAUGUGGUACAUCCUUAUACAGUACAGGGAUCUGCUCCAGUGUUGACAGCACUUUUAACUUCUCACACAGCAUUGCACCUGCCUUUCAGAGAUGUGAAACAUAUAUGGAUAUAGUCAUAGUGCUGGAUGGAUCAAACUCUAUAUACCCCUGGUUUGAUGUGCAGGACUUCCUAAUCAACAUCCUCCAGAAGUUUUCUAUUGGUCCAGGACAGAUUCAGGUUGGAGUGGUGCAGUAUGGAGAGAGAGUGGUGCAUGAGUUCUAUCUGGAUGACUUCCACACCGUUGAUGAAGUGGUGAGUGCAGCACAGAAUAUUAUCCAACGUGGAGGAGAGGAGACUCGCACAGCACUUGGGAUCAAUGUUGCACGUUCCCAGGCAUUUAAGCGUGGAGGGCGUCCAGAUGCCAGGAAAGUUAUGAUUGUGAUAACUGACGGAGAAUCACAUGAUAGCCCAGACCUAAAAAAGGCUGUUGAAGAGAGUGAGAAAGACAACAUCACACUGUAUGGAAUCGCUGUGCUUGGCUACUACAAUCGACGUGGGAUCAACCCUGAAGCGUUCUUGAGAGAGAUCAAAUUCAUUGCCACUGACCCUGAGGAGCAUUUCUUCAGUGUGACAGAUGAAGCUGCUCUGAAGGACAUUGUGGAUGCCUUGGGAGAGAAAAUCUUCAGCCUGGAGGGUACAAGUCAGAAUGGAACUGGCUUUGGACUACAGAUGUCGCAGGCAGGUUUUUCCUCACACAUUGUGGAGGAUGGUGUUCUGGUAGGUGCUGUAGGGGCUUAUGAGUGGAAUGGCGCUGUCCUCAAACAGACACAGUAUGGCAGUGUGAUCCCUCCCAAGUCAUCAUACCUUAAAGAGUUUCCUGAGGAGCUGAAGAACCACGGAGCUUACCUGGGUUAUGUGGUGUCCUCAAUAGUGUCAGCUCAUUAUGGCCAGCUUUAUGUGGCAGGAGCUCCUCGGUAUAACCACACAGGCAAAAUGAUCAUCUUCACCCUUACCAACACAGGCAACCUCACUAUACUGCACUCUCAAACAGGACAACAGAUUGGCUCAUAUUAUGGUAGUGAGUUAACUCCACUAGAUCAGGAUGACGAUGGAUUGACUGAUCUGCUUCUGGUGGCUGCUCCUAUGUACUUCAGCAGAGGCUGGGAAACAGGCAGAAUCUACAUCUACAGAUUGGACGAUCAGGGACAUGUUAACUUGGAGGGUUUUCUUGAGCCAUCAGUUUGGGCUCAUAACUCUCGUUUUGGCUCAGCCAUGUCCUCCAUGCCUGAUCUCAAUGGUGAUGGUUAUGGUGAACUGGUGGUAGGUGCCCCUCUAGAGGAUGAUCAUGGUGGUGCAAUCUACCUCUUCUACAGCCGGCACAGUGGUAUUCAGCCAAAGUAUAAGCAGAGAAUAGCGGCUGCAGACAUAUCCCCAGGCCUGCAGUAUUUUGGUCGUAGUGUCCAUGGUGUAAUGGACAUAAAUGGAGAUGGACUGACUGAUUUGUCUGUAGGUGCUUUUGGUGCUGCCAUCUUACUCUGGUCUCGCAGCGUGGUCCGUGUGUACCUUGAUGUUCACUUUGAGCCAUCGAAGAUAAAUGUGUUCAACAAAGACUGUGUGCGAGGAGGCAAAGAGGUGACCUGCAUGGCAGCCAUGGUCUGUACCACGGUAAAGGCACGAACCCCUAUGCCAGACACACAAAGAGUGGCUCUCAAACAGAGCUGGGCUUUUGAUGAGAGACGCUACAGCCCCAGAGCAGUGCUGGAUAACACUGAAGGACAGCCUUCUGCAAAUAUCACUGUCCUAGCAGAUACACCGCACUGUGAGCACAUCUACUUCCAUGUGCAUGAAACUGCUGAUUACACUCGGCCAGUAGUAUUCAAUGUGGAUGUGAAACUGCAGAACCUUGAUGAAGGCCCUGUGCUGGAUGAUGGCUGGUCCACCUCACUGCGUUUAGAGCUGCCCUUCUGGAAUGGGUGUGAGGAAGACGAUCGAUGUGCGCCCAACUUGAUGCUACAGAGCAGCACUGACCUACUGGACCGUAGACAGUUCUGUGCUCGGAGAGAGUGUGCUACAUGCCCACUGUGUGCCCUGGAAGGAGCGAGGGUGAACACUGAACGUGUGGUGGAAACCAGCAGGAGAAGAGUGCUGGUGGAGGUUCGACUGGAGAAUAGAGGAGAAAAUGCCUACAACACACAGCUACACAUUUCUCACUCAGCGAACCUGCAAUUCUCCAACCUGAUGGUGAAGACUCCUCCUGAUAUAGAAAUCAAGUGUGAGGCAGCAGAAAGACUAAGUCUACAGAGGAACUGCAAUGUCAGUGCUCCACUGAUGCGGUCUCUUGCUCAGGUGACCUUCCGUUUGGAAUUGGAGUUUAGCAGAUCAGUCUUUAUGGAUUACAUGCAAGUUUUGCUAAAGGCCUCCAGCAAUGGUGAAGAGGUGACUCCAGAAGACAACAUCAAUAAUAUACAUCAUCCUUUAAAGCAUGAGGCUGAUAUCCUCUUUACAAGGGAUUCCAGCCCUGUUCGCUUUGAAAUUAAAUCUGCGCCUAAUCUAGAGUAUGUAGGAGCUACCGGACUUACCUUCAAUUUGUCUUAUCAGCUCCAGAACCUCGGUCUGUUCCCUGUUACUCACCUGCUCCUCACAGUAGAUGUGUUUUCUGUGACUAAAAAUGGCAAUAAUCUUCUGUACAUCUCAGAUAUAAAUGUUGAUCAGAAUUCUGGUUCUCAGUGCACAGUUCCACAUGUCACUGAGACAGAUGUGCCCUCAGAUGAAGACCUCUCGCUCACACCACAGCUGAAUUCGUCGACUGCUGUAGCUUUUUCUGCACAGUGCAGGCUCAUGCUUCUACCCCAUCAAGACGUCAGUGUGAUUGUGGCAGGAUCGCUAAACCUCCACACACUACAGAAAAUAAACUUCAAGGCUUUGGAGUUGGUGAUAAUGGCAGCCAUCGAGUUGAGCCCAAACAACCCUGUGUUCCUGCAUGAGGAAAGGCCUACAAGACAUAUAAUUCUGGAGAUUAGAAAGGAUGAAGAUUACAAAAUUCCCAUCUGGAUUAUAAUCGGAAGCACUCUGGGAGGCCUACAGCUUUUGGCUCUGCUUGUACUAGCUCUCUGGAAGCUGGGAUUCUUUGACAGGGAGAGACAACGUGAAGAAGACGAGAAGACCACAGAGCAGCGGUAAAGCCACAGUGUCCUCUUUCCUUCACAAAGCUGUAACUCAGGGAUGCUCCAGGAGUAUAGUAUGGGUCCGUCUUCGCAGCACUCUGGCCAUUUGACACGUCAUGCACUGCUGAGCCCUCCCACUUUCUCACCGGACCAAAAUGUUCUAAUGCAGUAACGAUGCGGAUCUCUGACGAGUCGUAACUUAUGACCAAAGUUUUAAACCUUGCAAGGUCUUUACUAUACGAGACCUUUGAUUUGUAGGCUAUUUUAACAAUAUAGAGCUAAAAAGAAAUGUGGGAUUUGUAAAUGUAAUAAAUGUACAGUACUAGAUGAAAGUACAAAAUGCUUAAACAGAUCAUUUAGAACACAUUUUGCAUUAUAGUGAUCACAGAUAAUCACUUAACAGCUGCAGUAGCAUAAAUUCAUGUGCACUUGUACAUAUAGACUUGAACUAGUAAUUAACCAGUGACAAAAAUAGUUCCUUUUGGAAUGGAGUAUGGCAACGUAAUAUAAAAUACACACAUUACAUAUCUGCUUUAACGGAGAUGUUCCAUUGCACCAUAAAUGAACUUUACUUCCUCAAUGGACUCAUCUUCUGUACGACAGACUGACAUCUACCAUCUAACCACCAUAACACAAGCAGAUAUUAUACUUCCAAGUUCAGCAUUUUUUUUUUUUUUUUUUACAUUUUACAUUUAACAACGGCUUUAUUUGAUACAGCACAAGAAGAUAAGGCAAUGUUUAACAUGCAAGAGCUACUGUUGUGUAGAAUAAAGGCCAACCAUGGGAUAACUGUGUUGUUUUUUUGUUUUGUUUGUGUUUUUAUUUUGAAAUAGCUUGUUCUUAAAGUUACCUGCCAGCCUAAAACUGAAUUAAAAGAAUAUUUAAUAUA